UUAUAUAGACAACGCUCAUAAUAUAUACCUUAAAAAGAGAAGAUGAUAGUUGUGUGACGUUUGAAAAGUUAAAACAUAACCUACAUCUUUCUUUUCGUUGACGUAUGCGGUUAAUAGUGAAAUAAAUCUUAAAAUAUUGCAUCAUUUUUUGAUAAUAAUUAAUAAGGAAAAUGGUAUUAGAUCUAGAUUUAUUUCGCACAGACAAGGGUGGUAAUCCAGACCUAAUAAGAGAAAAUCAAAAAAAGCGAUACAAAGAUGUAGGCUUAGUUGACAAAGUUGUGGAAAGAGAUUCCACAUGGAGACAACUGAGACACAAAGCUGAUAAUUGGAAUAAGCUGAAAAAUGUUUGUAGCAAAGCAAUUGGUGAGAAAAUGAAGAAAAAAGAAGCCCAAGGAGAUGCUACGGAAAAUGUACCGGAAAACGUAGUUUCUAAUAUAGAAAAUUUAACUCAGGAUCUCCUUCAGCCUCUAACAGUAAAUCAAAUAAAAAAAGUAAGAACUUUAAUAGAUGAAGCUAUAGUAAAUAAUGAUAAUGAGUUAAUAAAGAUAGUAAAGGAGAGAAAUGAUGCUUUAAGAGAAGUAGGCAACCAUUUGCAUGAGUCAGUGCCAGUUGAUGAUGAUGAAGACAGGAACAAAGUUGAAAGAACUUUUGGAGAUUGUACUGGAAGAAAAAAAUACUCUCAUGUAGAUUUAAUAGUAAUGAUUGAUGGUAUGGAUGGUGAUAGAGGAGCUGUAAUCUCUGGAGGAAGGGGUUAUUAUUUAAUGGGUGCAGCAGUGUUCUUAGAGCAGGCUUUAAUUCAAUUGGCAUUGAGAAUAUUAAAUAAAAAAGGAUAUAAGCCACUUUACACUCCAUUUUUUAUGAGAAAAGAGGUUAUGCAAGAAGUUGCUCAGCUAUCUCAAUUUGAUGACGAAUUGUACAAGGUAAUAGGAAAGGGAAGUGAAAAAGCGGAAGAUAAAGAUGUAGAAGAAAAAUAUUUAAUAGCAACCUCAGAACAACCAAUUGCUGCAUUCCAUAGAGAUGAAUGGAUAGCAGAAGGCUCACUACCAAUUAAAUACGCAGGACUUUCUACUUGCUUUAGACAAGAAGUUGGUUCUCAUGGACGAGAUACUAGAGGGAUAUUCAGGGUCCAUCAAUUUGAAAAAGUUGAACAGUUUUGUCUUACAUCUCCUUUUGACAAUAAAUCAUGGGAGAUGAUGGAUGAAAUGAUAGGAAAUGCUGAAGAAUUUUACAAAUCUUUAGAAAUACCAUACAGGAUUGUAAAUAUAGUGUCUGGAGCUCUGAACAAUGCUGCAGCUAAAAAACUAGAUUUGGAAGCCUGGUUUCCAGGUUCAGGAGCCUUUAGAGAGUUAGUAUCAUGCAGCAAUUGCCUAGAGUAUCAAGCACGCCGGUUAAUGGUUCGUUAUGGUCAAACAAAAAAAAUGAAUGCAACUACUGACUAUGUCCACAUGCUGAAUGCAACAAUGUGCGCCGUUACUAGAGUUAUUUGCGCCAUUUUGGAAAAUAAUCAAACUGAAACAGGUAUUAAGGUUCCAGCUGUUUUGAAGAACUUCAUGCCUGAAGAAUAUCAAGAAGAAAUUCCAUUUGUAAAACCUGCUCCAAUAGAUUUGGAAAAGGACUCGAAGAAAGUGAAAAAACAGAAAGAUGGCAUGAAAAAAGGAAGUGGAGAAGAAUAAUGUGGAUAAUUAACAAAUUGCAUUUAUAUGUUUAGAAAAACCAG